GGUCCACCAUUCAGGAACGGUUUCUAUCAGAUAAAACCCAGACAGAAAGGACUUCCAUGGAGGCAAACUGACCAAUGCCAUUGCAGACAGCCUGCUCCAGGCCUGGCCCUGUGCUGGGAGCAGGUGAAACACAGAGAUGUUGAUGUCACUGUCCUUGACCCCAGAAGCUCACACCUGGUUUUCUUUUGGGGGGGCAGGGAAGAAGAUGGUGGCAUUGGGUGGAGAGAGGAGGAGAAAGUAUUUCAGGGAUCAAAAAUAGCUUAAUUAAGACCUGUCAGGACAAAUCCAGGUGUCUCUCGGGGGGAAAGUAGUUCAGUUGGGCUAGAGUUCAAGGUGGAUGUCAGGAGCAGAAGGCGACAGGGCUUCGGAGGCAGCUGGCAUCUUGAAACCAGUUCAGGCCUCAGUAGAACUUGGACAAGUCUCUUAAUGACUCUCGGCCUCAGUUUCUUCACCUGUAAAAUGAGGAAAAAACCUGCCUCGCAGGGUGUGAAGCAAAUAGCGUCCUGCACAUAGAAACGCUCAGUAAAGAGAAGCUGCUCUUGUGAUUACAGUUGAUGAAAGGGCCUUCGAUGCUGAAGGACGACUACUGCGAGUGCCUAGAGAAUUUAACAAGGAGCAAGCUCGGUGAGGACGGUCCGAGCGGUUUUCAAGAGAAGACUUGGAGGGGAGAGGCUGUUGGUCCCGAACCUGAGAGCGUGGAUCCGGGCAGGCUCCGGGGACGCGGUGGGCGGUGGCGCGCAGACAGGACCUGAGCAUUGAGCCGCCUCCUUCCCGCCCGCCCCCCUUCGCCUUGCCCUGGAGCCCGGAACUUUGGGCGCGCGGAACUUCGGGGCCGGAGCGUCGACGCGGCGCACCCGGAGCGCGAUGGAGCGGGCGCGCGGGCCGGGGGCCGAGGCUGACGCGCUUGAGGACGAAGAGGAGGUGGGGGCUAUCAUGGCUGCUGUGGUGGCGGCUGCUGGUGGCGCGAGUCCCGCCGUCCUGCAGGUGGCCGGCCUCUAUCGGGGCCUGUGCGCUGUGCGUAGCCGCGGCCUGGGCCUGGGGCUCGUGUCACCCGCGCAGCUGCGCGUGUUCCCGGUGCGCUCUGGCUCGAGCCGGCCCGCGGGGGGUACCGACGGCAGUGGGGUCCGGACCGAGCUGGAGGCCAACCCCUUCUACGACCGCUACCGCGACAAGAUCCAGCAGCUGCGCAGGUCUGACCCAGCUGCUUUUGAGUCCCGACUAGAGAAGCGCAGUGAGUUUCGGAAGCAGCCAGUGGGGCACUCCAGGCAAGGUGACUUUAUCAAAUGUGUGGAACAGAAGACAGACACUUUGGGGAAACAGCUGAUGAGCAGAGGAUUCACUAAGGACAAGACUCUCAGUUCAAUCUUUAACAUCGACAUGGUCAAAGACAAAACUGCUGAAGAAAUAAAACAGAUUUGGCAGCAGUAUUUUGCAGCAAAAGAUACAGUCUACGCAGUUAUUCCUGAAGAGAAAUUUGAUUUGAUCUGGAACCGAGCUCAGUCCUGUCCAACAUUUCUGUGUGCACUACCAAGAAGGGAAGGCUAUGAGUUCUUUGUAGGACAAUGGUCAGGUACUGAACUCCACUUCACUGCACUUAUAAAUAUUCAGACCCGAGGGGAAGCUGCAGCCAGCCAGCUGAUUUUGUAUCAUUACCCUGAACUAAAGGAAGAAAAGGGUAUAGUGCUGAUGACAGCAGAAAUGGACUCCACAUUUCUGAAUGUUGCUGAGGCACAGUGCAUUGCCAACCAAGUUCAGCUCUUCUAUGCCACUGAUCGGAAGGAGACCUAUGGAUUAGUAGAAACCUUUAACUUCAGACCAAAUGAGUUCAAAUAUAUGUCUGUCAUCGCUGAAUUGGAGCAAAGUGGACUUGGAGCGGAACUGAAAUUUGUCCAGGACCAGGAUAAGAUUUAGGGCUGUAAGAGCUGGCUCCUUACAGAGCCUGCUCAGCCCUGGAGUCUAGAGCUCACCCACCCCCUGGAACUCUCAGGAGCUCAGCAUCAGUAAUGAGCCCUGUGUUGUUUAUACAAGAAGUAAUCAUGGAGGUGAGCCCUAUUCUUGAUAUCCAGAAACAAAGUACCUAAACAUUCUGAUAAUUACUCCUCAGCUUACCUGAGUUCUCCUUUUUAAGUGUUUGAGGUCAUAACCAGAGCAGCCAAGGAUCUGCAGGAUGGCUAACUUGAUUUUACACAGUGUAACAUUAUGUUACAAGUGCAUUUGCAUUCUGGCUAUUUUGACUGCACAGCUCCCAAACGAUGAGUUCCUCAACUUUAUAAAGUGACUGAUAAUAAUCAGUGACUGAUAAUAAUCUUGAAGACCUGCUAUAGUUAGAUGUGGGCUUUACAUACUCUUCCCAUGUGCCAAUUGGUUGGCCAAAGGCAUCACCCACAUAUCUGUUCAGACAACCAGAUAUCGCCAUCAGGAUUAAGACUUCAUCUAGAUGCCCCCAGAGUUGCCUUUAGGGUCACCAAGGUGAAGUGUCAGUAGAUUCCAGGUAUAGUUAAACACAUAGGUAUAGUACCUGCUGCUCUUAACUGCCUUUCAGAAGCUGUGUAUUCGGAGGGGGUGAAUCAAUGUGAAUAAAGCAACUUUUUUAUAAGGAGAAGAUCGAUCCAGAUAAUGCAUGUUUUUGUGUUUUGCUUUUUUAUAAAGCAACUCUAAGCUGUGCCAGUAUUAUAUGAAAAAGUGGGUGGAAGUAAAUGUUUCCAGAUUGGGUGUGGAGAAAAAAUAGCAAUAAAAUUAAGUCUGGCUUACUAUCUUUGUUACAUUAAACAGUGAAGUCUAAGCUAUGUGCUGUCCAUACUGUCAGUACUGUGGACUGAUUUAAUCAAAACUCAUCUCUGGACUCGGUAGUUUCUUGAAACAAAAAAUAAGAAACGAGCUCUCCACCACUGGAAACUCACAUUUGGUUUGUAGUAUCACUGUUAUGGCUCCUAGCUCAGUAACAGAAAAGGGUGGUGGUUACACACCAAGACUUCGUAACCUGAGGCCCCACCCCCAUUAACUGUCAUCAGCUGCCUUUCCUUGUCUUGCUCUAACAUGCUUCACUUUGUCUGCUGCUCCUGCCUGACAUCUGGUUGUAUGACACUGAAUAUGGUGAGUGGAAGUGUAACCAGUACUUGAGAUUGUGUGUGUUUUCUUCGUUACAGUCGGGCCUGUCCCGAGGCUCUUCAAAUGGAAUUGGACUUCCCAAUUACUUUCUGAGCUGUGUCUAUUUUGUUGUGCUUCUGAGUCUGUAUAGAAAAAGACCAACAGUGUUUGUUUAACCUGGAAAAGCUGCUAGCCUUUCACAAUUUCUCUAAAGGUUGAGUUGUUUCCUAAUGCAAAUUCUGGACAUGCCUUUCCUGACGGUUCAUUUUUUGAAAAACUUGAGUCUGGAUAUCUUGAGUCCUAGGAAUCUUUAGCACCAGGUGAAGUUGUUUUUGUGGGUACCCAGUUAUGUUUGCUUUUCCCUCCAGAUGGACCCAGUUCUUAGCCAUAGUACAUUUUCAUAAGACCUCCACCAGAGGGUGAGAAAAUGAUGGGAAAAGAAAUAAGCACUGGCUGCUCAUUCGAUUAUUCCUCCCAGCUUUGCCCUAAAUCCCCACUUGCCAAAGAAAGAUGUACCCAUGGACAGUUGCAUUGGUUGUGAUCAAAGCAUCAUCUGGCUGUUAAUAUAUUUACCAAGCAAGAUCUGGCAAAGAACUGAAUGAAAAUUGUAACAUUAAUCAGUAAAUCUGUCCCCUGGUACAAGCUGGUGUUAUAUAGAAAGUGGACAGGCUUUAGAUAAAUGAGUCUGGGUUCAGAUGUCAGUGUUGCGAUUCAUUAUUUCUAUAAUACUGAACAAAUUAAACUCCAAUUCUGUUUCUUCAUCUGUAAAAUGGGGAUAAUAAUAAUGUCUACCUCAUAGGAUUAUUGUGAGAAUUAACUUAUAUAUAAUCUACAGGAGUGCUUACUGAAUGUCAACUCCCUUCCUCUUCUCUACUUCCCCUGCCUCUCAUUAAAGACCAAUACAAGUUAGCAUUACAGAUGUCCAGAUCACUCUUCAUUUCAACUGAAAGAUCAAACCUUAUCUCACAGGUUCUCAAACUUGAAGCUGCAGUAGAAUUACCUUUAGCACUUAAAAAUGCAGGUGCCCAAGUCCCAAACCCCAGCCUGCUGAAUCAUAAUGUUUGCAGAAACUGCUGGGCAUCUGCAUUUUCAUACGUGCUCCACGUGAUUCAGAUGUUGGUAAUUCACCUGCUACACUUGGAGAACCAUUGCCUUAUGAGUUCUUCACAAAAAAUGCCCAUUAACCAGGUCUUCCUUUCCUGUGGACAUUAUCCACAGAAUCAGGUUCCUCUGUCCUUUGCCUCCCUCCCAUAGUGGUCCCCUUUGCAUACUCUAUAUUUACUUACUGAUUUAUGUACCUUUUCUCCCCACUAGACUGUGAGCUCCUUGAGGGCCAGGGUUUAUCUCCAUUCCUAGUGCCAAGGACACGGCCUGAAACAUAGAAGAUACUCAGUUGUUUGUUGAAUAAAUAAAUGGCAUGGAUUUUAGCC